AUGGCUAACGGCUACAGAAACGACAAUCAGGAUGUGAUCCGCUGUGUGACCAAAGAAUGCCCUCACCCUCCCAUCAACUGUUUCUACAUAGACGACACCAACGGCUGUCCCACCUGCCAUGCUGUCUGUAGCCGGCCAGGCUGCCCAGAGCUCAACUGUACACAGCCGUGCUAUAACGGCUACCACAAGGACAUGCACGGCUGCAACACCUGCUUGUGCAAACUCGUCGUGUAUGCAUUCUGGCUCGUCCUGUGUGAACAUUGGCUCGUCCUGAACAUUGGCUCGUCCUGUGUGAACAUUGGCUCGUCCUGUGUGAACAUUGGCUCGUCCUGUGUGAAUAUUGGCUCGUCCUGUGUGAAUAUUCGCUCGUCCUGUGUGAAUAUUGAUUCGUCCUGUAUCUAUAUUGGCUCGUCCUGUGUGAACAUUGGCUCGUCCUGUGUGAACAUUGGCUCGUCCUGUGUGAAUAUUGAUUCGUCCUGUAUCUACAUUGGCUCGUCCUGUAUCAACAUCGGCUCGUCCUGUGUGAACAUUGGCUCGUCCUGUAUCAACAUUGGCUCGUCCUGUAUCAACAUUGGCUCGUCCUGUGUGAACAUUGGCUCGUCCUGUGUGAAUAUUGAUUCGUCCUGUAUCUACAUUGGCUCGUCCUGUAUCAACAUUGGCUCGUCCUGUGUGAACAUUGGCUCGUUCUGUAUUAAAAUUGUCUCAUCCUGUAUCAACAUUGGCUCGUCCUAUAACAACAUUGUCUCGUCCUAUAUCAACAUUGGCUCGUCCUAUAACAACAUUGGCUCGUCCUGUAUCAACAUUGGCUCGUCCUGUGUGAACAUUGGCUCGUCCUGUAUCGACAUUGUCUCGUCCUGUAUCAACAUUGUCUCGUCCUAUAACAACAUUGGCUCGUCCUAUAUCAACAUUGUCUCGUCCUGUAUCAACAUUGGCUCGUCCUAUAACAACAUUGGCUCGUCCUAUAUCAACAUUGGCUCGUCCUAUAACAACAUUGGUUCGACCUUCCUGUUUCAACAUAGACCCUGCCUGCCCAAGUUACUGACAAAAAUGGGUGUCAAGUUUACCGGGAUCGCUGUAAUCUUGACGCUGUGGAAUGUACACUUGGCUGAAGCUUCUUCCAGGAUUCUCAGAGCUCUGGCUUGUGAGUACCCCCGCUGCGCCCCACCCCCACGGAACUGCCGCCCCGAGUUUGUCAUCGACCAGUACGGCUGUCACAUCAAAUGUGUUUACGCCUGCGGGGGGACUCCGUGCCCCCUCCUGCACUGCUCACCCGCCUGCGCCACAGGCUACUUGCGGGACAAAAACGGAUGUGAUACCUGCAACUGUCGCUGUCCUGAAGAAACCUGCAGAGACACCUGCCCUGCAGGUUACGUCAUUGACGAGUAUGGAUGCCAGACGUGCACGUGUAAAACAGGCGCCGUGGAGGAAGUGACGUCAAGCAUGUCCAACCAAUGGCAGGACGUGAUGACGUCAAUCAUGCCCAGUCAAACACAGAAGGUGGUAACAGAGGAGACGCCCACCACAGCGCCGCCAUCACUGGCCCACUGCCCCGGAUAUAACAUUCAGCAGUGAAGUUUGAUCUGAUCAACGAUUGGUCACAUAAACAACAUUCGUCUUUUAAAAUAAAAUUCGUCUUUUAAAGUUUUGUUUUUCAUUUCACCGCUGGACUUUGAGGAAAUAGUUUAAUAUUCUCGACUCUCAAAGUUAGAAUAACAAACUCGGACAAUAGACGAGGCUUAUAUCUCCUUAUCGUACGUGCUUUAAAAGCAUAAUAUUAUAUAUUUGAGCAGACUUUAUCGGUGAGGGGUUUUGACACGAACAACAGUUCACUUAGCUUAAUACAGGUUCUA